AUUUUUUCCCUUCUUACUUAUUUCAAAAAAAGAAAAAGAAAAGAAUGUCAAGCCCAUUGCCGGUGAAUGCAAAAAGAGAUUCCCGAAAAGACGGGGAGAACGCGUACUCUCAAAUAAACGAAAAUGUACUCGCUGGUUCUUUUGAUCGUUCCGAAUCAACAGCAAGGUUAGGUACUUCUCCCAUGCCACCCAGCUUCAAUUUUGGUACUUCACCUGCUAGAAGUACACAUUCCCAUCUGACAUAUGGAAGCACCACCCAUCAUGGUGAUUUCCUCUCUGCCAAUAGACCUCAUUCUGCUUACGGUGAUAACUUGUCGGUCGAUAUGCCCGAUGAAGAAGUAGCUAGAGCCGUCAAACGUCAUUUAGUAGCUACAUCACCAUCCCACUCACGACUCAGUCGCCAUAGUCGCCACACAGAUUCCGAUGUGGAUGAUGGUGAGGAUGAUGAAAUCACAAGCAUUCAUCAAUUGCCAGGUGGUGCUAUCACACACGAUAUCUAUAAAUGGUCAGAAGCUAAUGAACAGGAUAAAAGAGCUCGUAUGAAGAGAUCACAGUCUGUUUUCGUUCCUCGUAACGAACCAACCGACCCCUCUCUCGUUAACCUGAAGGAUCCUGGAGGAUUCAGACGUCAUUAUGUCAUUGAUCGUGCUGCUAAAAAGGGUAAAAAACCUCCUUCUUGGAUCACACACACUUUUGUCGAGUUCUUGGCUUUGUAUGGUCAUUUCGGUGGUGAAGAUUUAAGCGAUGAUGAAGGCGAGGAGAGUGAGGAUGAAGAAGACAGAAGACAACGUAUCUAUGAUAUUGUAGGUGAUGUUGAGGAUGCUGAUGAACGUACCCAACUGUUACUUCAAGCAGAAGCAAACUCAGUAGAGGGAACUGCUACUCCGUCAAAAGCAGUGUUCUUAUUACUCAAAUCGUUUAUUGGAACAGGUGUCAUGUUUUUACCAAAGGCCUUCAACAAUGGCGGUGCAUUAUUUUCUACAGUUUUCUUAUCCUUUAUUGCAGCUGUUUCACUUUAUAGUUUCUUAUUAUUGAUUGAAACACGUAACAAGGUACCUGCAUCAUUUGGUGACAUUGGAGGUGUCUUAUUUGGCAGAUCAAUGAGAAUGUUGGUGCUAGUAGCCAUUACUACUUCUCAGAUUGGUUUUGUGUGUGCCUACAUGGUUUUUGUUGCACAAAGUUUACAAGCUUUGAUUGAAGCUGUCUCCAACUGUAAAACUGAAAUACCCCUCCAUUACCUUAUUUUAGUCCAAAUCCUCAUGUUCGUCCCUCUUGCCAUGAUCAGAAAGAUCCAAAAAUUGUCUAUUUUCGCAUUAAUCGCUGAUGCCUUUAUCCUUAUUGGUUUGGUCUAUUUGUAUUACUAUGAUUUCUUGACCUUGAUUGUUCAAGGUGUUGGUCAAGUUGAAUGGAUUGUAAAUACUUCAUCAUUCCCCAUGUUUGUCGGUACUGCUGUAUUCACGUUUGAGGGUGUUGGUUUGAUUAUUCCUAUCACAGAAUCAAUGAAGGAACCCAAGAAGUUCCCCAAGGUUUUAUCCUGGACUAUGUUAUUCAUCACUACUUUGUUUGUCUCUCUAGGACUCUUGUCUUACCUUGCUUUCGGUGACAAAGUUCAGACCGUUGUUUUGCUCAACUUACCUGCCACCUCACUUGUCAAUACCAUUCAAGGUUUAUACGCACUUGCUAUUUGUCUUUCCAUCCCCUUGCAACUCUUCCCUGCCAUUCGUAUUGUUGAAACUGGUAUCUUUUCUAAAUCUGGAAAGCACAACCCCAUUGUUAAGUGGCAGAAGAAUAUGUUCAGAUUAGCUGCCGUCUUACUUUGUGCCGCAGUAGCCAUCGUUGGAUCUGCUGAUCUUGACAAGUUUGUCUCCUUGAUUGGUUCUCUCUUCUGUGUCCCCCUUUGCUUCUUAUUCCCCCCUCUCUUUCAUUUAAAGGGCGUUGCACAAACUUGGAAGCAAAAGUCCAUUGAUAUUUCCAUUAUCACUUUUGGUGUUAUCUGUAUGGUCUACACAACUUAUAUCACAAUCGGUCUUUGGACUUCAGAAGGCGAGCCUGCUGCUCCCAUUUCUCGUUGUGUUCCUCACGCUUAAAAACAGUAGCAUUGAACAAAACAGCAAAAAAAAAAAAAAAAAAAAAAAAAAACAAAAAAUUAGACAUACAUUUUUUAGUUAUACCUUUUAAAAAUAAAACCAUUGUCAUGGAAUUAUAGUAAUUCUUGACCUAAAAAAUUGUCAUUUUGCAACAUCUUAUGCUCAUAGGACAGCUUUUCAGUCUAUGCUAACUAAUAUAGCAUCAAGGUAACUUUUAGGCGUCAUCUUUAGCAGUUGAGAUAAAAGUGCAAUU